AGGGAGGGAUCAAAGGAUUAGGAAGCUGUUUUUCAGAAGGCUGGGCAAAAUAGCUGGAAUUCCGUUUCCGUUCUUGUUCCUGGGAUUUUACUCAUCCAGUCAACAGGGGAAAUCACGCAUUAUUUACACUUUUGACCCCGUUCACUCGUCUGAAAACAUCGGGAAUCGAUGGCGUCCUCCCCGCAGAAAUCUCCGUCCUCUCCGAAGUCACCAACCCCAAAGUCUCCGUCCUCGAGGAAGAAAGAUGACUCGUUCCUCGGAAAACUUGGUGGGACUCUGGUCAGGAGAAAAAAGGCGAAAGAAGUAUCUGAGCUGCAGGAAGAGGGUAUGAACGCCAUUAAUCUUCCCAUGAGUCCCACACCUUUUGAGCUUCAUCCUGAGGACAUCAUGCUAGAGGAAAAUGGUCGCACCAUGGUGGACCCCAACUCAAAGAAUGACCCUAAACUGCAGGAACUCAUGAAGGUGCUCAUUGACUGGAUCAAUGAUGUGCUGGUAGGGGAAAGGAUCAUUGUUAAGGACCUGGCAGAAGAUCUCUAUGACGGACAGGUUCUCCAGAAACUGUUUGAAAAGCUGGAAGGUGAGAAGCUUAACGUCGCUGAGGUGACCCAGUCUGAAAUUGCCCAGAAGCAGAAGCUACAGACGGUUUUGGAGAGGAUCAAUGAUGCUCUGAAGGUCUCCACCAGGAGCAUCAAAUGGAACGUUGAUUCGGUUCAUGCUAAGAGCAUUGUGGCCAUCCUCCACCUGUUGGUGGCGCUGUCACAACAGUUCAGAGCACCUAUACGCCUUCCCGAUCAUGUGUCCAUACAGGUGGUUGUGGUGCAGAAACGAGAGGGAAUUCUCCAAUCCCGUCAAAUUCUGGAGGAGAUCACUGGCAACACCGAGGCUUUAUCUGGUCGGCAUGAGCGUGAUGCUUUUGAUACCUUGUUUGACCACGCCCCUGACAAGCUCAAUGUGGUGAAGAAGACUCUGAUCACCUUCGUAAACAAACACCUAAAUAAGCUGAACUUGGAGGUAGCCGAGCUGGACACGCAGUUUGCAGAUGGUGUAUAUCUGGUGCUUCUGAUGGGACUUCUGGAAGGAUACUUCGUUCCUCUCUACAACUUUUUCCUGACCCCUGAGAAUUUUGACCAAAAGGUUCAUAAUGUGUCUUUCUCAUUUGAGCUGAUGCAAGACGGUGGCCUGGAGAGGCCAAAACCCAGGCCUGAGGAUAUUGUGAAUUGUGACCUAAAGUCAACACUUCGAGUUCUGUACAACCUUUUCACCAAGUACAGGCACGUUGAAUGAGCACCAAAAAAUUUUUGUUUUGUUUUUAAACUGAUAUCAAAGACUCACAGACAGACACCGAUAUUAAUAAUGGUUUUGUAUAAUACCACCACUUUACUGUCAUUCGUGUCUUGUUUUUUUUUUUUGUCGUCUAGAUAGAUGUAAAGACACUAAAGAUUAUAACACUAAGAAUAUAAAUGUUUUAAUGGCAGCAUUCCAGUCCUCAAAAAAAUGCAUCUUAUUUUUGGAAAUGUUAUUAGCCAUUUUUAUAAGAUGAAAUGUAUUCAUGUAUUGCCUAAAUAGUAUUGAAGAGUACCAUCGUAUCUUGCACUUCACAUUAUUCACGCAUUAUUCGUCACAUUUUCUUUUCGUAUUAAUGCACGGUUAUGGCUCAAACUUAAAGAGACACUCCACUUUUUUUGAAAAUUGGCUCAUUUUCCAGCUCCCCUAGAGUUAAACAUUUGAUUUUUACCAUUGUGGAAUGCAUUCAGCCGAUCUCCGGUUCUGGCAAUAUCACUUUUAGCAUAGCUUAGCAUAAUCCAUUGAAUCUGAUUAGACCAUUAGCAUUGCGCUCAAAAAUGACCAAAGAGUUUUGAUAUUUUUUCUGUUUAAAACCUGCUAUUGAAAGUUACCAGGGGACUAUUUUCGGGCGCUGCGUAAUAUCAUUGCGUCUGCUGCAGCCAUGAUACGGCAGCAAGUUCCUUGAUUUUUACAGCAGAAUGAGAGUAUAUUUCGUAGCCAUAUCGGCCUAGAAAAUCGCAACUUUUAAUUUUCCGUCGAUGUAACUACAGAAGAGUCAAGUUUUAAAUAUAAAAAAUAUCGAAACUCUUUGGUUAUUUCUUUAGCCCGAUGCUAAUGGUCUAAUCAGAUUCAAUGGAUUAUGCUAAGCUAUGCUAAAAGUGGUACCACCAGACCCAGAGAUGUGGAGUGUCCGUUUAAGCCUGACAGCAGCUUAAGUGCAGUUUUAUGUUUGUUUUACAUUCAGCCUUUCUUGGGAUUUCUUUUUCUUGCAGAAAUUGCGUAGUGCAUGUGCCUCAACCAAAGACAAUUUAUAAUAUUUUGAUAUAAUGUUGAUAGACAUAUUUGGCUCAGUUUGUUAUUUUGAAGUACCGUAUUGACUAUAUAAAGUGUACUUCUUUGUGUUAACUAUAAUUUAUUUUUAUCGUAUAACAUGGCUUGAAUUGGGCAAAAUUUCUAUUUGAAAUGACACAUCAGAAACUAUGCAUAUUUUCAACUUUUAUAUUAAUAAAAAAGAUUCAUCUAUUGAAAUAAA